AUUCUACGAAUGGGACUGUGAUGAAUAACUGGAAAAUCGCUACAAACAAAUACAAUUUUACAAUUAGGGCCUUCAUGCUUCAGGCGUAAAUACUAACCUGUUUUUUUGUUUCAACACUCGAUACGAGAUUCAAGACUAACCCGCUGUCACUACCUGCCAUUCUUAAUGAAAAUUAUCACAAAUUUGGUUACGAUUUCAGCAAACGUGCAUAGGCAUAGCUGGAAAGUUGAAACUUGUUCUCCGUAUUGCGUAAUCUCUGCUUGCCCGCGAUCACGUGUACCGGUAUGCUAAAUCCGCUUCUAUCACCGGCGUAUUCAAUUUAUUUCUUAGCGCAAGUAAAUAAGCUAAAUCACGUUUCCUUGAAUCUUCCAUUCAAAUAGCACAUGAGCUAAUUCAUCAGCUUCAUCAUCGGGGUGGCCAAGUGAAGCUAAACAGGAGUACGGUCGGCGUAACACUGACUGGUCACUGGCGGCAGAUAAGAUUUGGAAAUCAGGUGGAGGUCUAAUGUUAUAAUUUUUACUACUUGAUUCUUGAAAGAAUGACUUGAGUCUUGAGAAAAAAAGAGGCAACUGACAUAUGAUUAAUUGAUGACUUUUCCUUUGCUUCGAAGAGUGCUGUGGACUUCAAGUUCAAGUUCAGUGUCUUCACCGGCGUUCGGCCUGUGGUUGUCUUCAGAGAAGCCGUCAGACAAGAAGUUGUAGCCCGCUAUAAAGCAGUCGUGAUGUUGAAUUCCGUAGCUAGAGUUGGACUCGAACGAUGCCUAUCAACAGGGAGUUUUGGAAGCCGACAAACUUUAAGGAUGAAAUUAUGUCCCAUCAUUAGACACGGAACUACUUUGAUUAACCAGGAAACGAUGACCUCAUCCUCUUCAUCUUUCUCUGUAUCAAGAUGGGUAAAAACUCUUCAAAAGGAUCAUGUAUUUUGUUCCACAAAAGAUGCUUCAAACAAAGAACUGAAAAGAUGUUUUUGUUCAAGACAAACAGACGACACCUCGGCAGCUGCAGCCAAGCAGGCACUUGGUAAAAUUGAAGGGAAACUCCAUCUUGCGUUCACAUGUAACGUAUGUGGGAUGCGUACAGCGAGGGGCAUCUCCAAGCACGCCUAUGAGAAGGGCGUGGUCAUCGUCAAGUGUAACGGAUGCGAUAAUAAUCAUCUCAUUGCUGAUAACCUGGACUGGUUCAAAGGAGCAAAAGGGGCAGGAAGGAAUAUAGAAGAAAUCAUGGCUGCCAAAGGCGAAGAGGUACGAUCUCAGCUGACAGAGGAUGACAUAUUGGAAAUUUCAGGCCUUGAUAACGAUGCUCAAACUGAUAUAAAAUCAUGAUGUUGAGAUUUUUGCAUCAUUUACUUGAAGCAAAAAACAGGAGGACAUACAUUGUAUCUUGAUUUUGGAGUCACUUUGCAAUUUUGGUAUAAAAAUAAUCAGUAGCACUGACAGAAUGUGAAAAACUGAAAAUCAUUUAGUCUUUAAUAACUCAAUUCACUUAACUCUUUAGCAAAAUGAAACUUUCUAUAUCUCAGGAGAUUUGCUCUGAAGAAAACCAUCCACAAAGUCCUUUGUCAACCCUUAACCCUAUUAUAGACUGGGCUAUUUCGAUGCCUAAGAAGACUGGGGGGGGGGGCUGAUUCAGCCCCCCUUUUGAUCUCGGCCGUCGAUCGCGACGAAAAUUGGCACGCGUGUUACCCAUGGCAUUAUCUACAAAACUAUAAUAUCAAAUUCUGCGAUCUCAUCGCUCAUUAAUUAUGCUUAAAUGCUAAUUAAUGCGUAAAAUCAUAAGUUUGCUCUAAUUGAUAAAAUAAUGCCCCUAAAAUGCUAAUUUUUUUCUCACAUACUCUAGAUAGGCAUCUGAUCACAUUUAUUUUUCAAAAAUUUCAACAUCACAUUUAUUUUCUUAUGUAUUCUAUUGUUUUCUAAAUUUCUUAUGUAUAUCUCUGUUUUUUGACUUUUUGUUUUUAAUUGUUUUUUCAAUGUAAAUUGUCGGGGACUUUAUUUUGACCACAAAAAAAGAUAAAAUUAAUUGAUUUUAAGCAGUAAAAGGAAAAAUAAUGAUACAUUUAUGAAUUUUGGCUAAAAACACUACUUGCAUUGGAUUUGUACACAAAUUCACGUUUUUUUGUAAUUUUGGGUCUGCAUGCACUUACAAAAUGUUGCGUUAUUUCGGAACCGCGUACCCGGGGGUCACAAUUUUGGUCUCAAAAGUUGCAGGAGACUUGAAAGUAAAAAUUCAGCGAGGGACGCGGUCAAAAAAUUUCAAGCGGCGGAUUUAUCGCGAAAAAUGUCAGCCCCCCUCAGUCUUCUUAGGGUUUAUACUAAACCUCUCUUGGAAGAUGUUAUUUGGAUAGACAUAGAAGCAUUAUAGGGUGUGUUUCAUGAAGCAAAUAUUUAAAGAUUUUCACUGACUAAUUUGUUCUGAGCCAAUCACAUGCAAGGAUUUCAGAAGCUUAUAACAGUUGUCAGCUAGUGAAAAUGAAAUAAUCUCCAGUCAGUCAUAUUUUCCAGGUCGCUGUCAGAGUUGUGAUUGUACAAAUCAUUCUAUGGAAAUACAGGUCAUUUUCACGUAUGAGAUGCAUACAUCAUACCCUUUGGAAAUACUGGUAAAAGAGGGCACACUGUUUAUCAGGGCAAUCUUGCAUACACGAGUACCUAUAUUAACAUACCUGUACCUCGAAAACAAUAAAUUCUAGAUGUUAAUUGGAAUAAAGGAGUUUUCCUUUGAUGCAAUCAAUCACAGCUCCUUGUACUACCAGACCAAGAUCGCCUACCUGUACCACAAUUAGAGGAUGGUUAAAGUCAUUGGGUGAUUUCAAGUUCAGUGUUGAGCUUUUGGUGUUGGUGUUAGGUCAAUUUUAACACAAGUAUAACGCCAAACAUAAAGUGAAGAUGGUCCUGAAAAGUCACUCACUAGUUGUUGAGAUGUCAAUAGUGUGAUCUGGAUCAGUUUUAUAAACUCAGAAUAGGAGCUAGGGAAAGCAAUCCAAAUUCCAACACCAACGCCAACACUGGACUUGAAACCACCAUUGUGGUCUACAAUCUGUUUAGUCCAAUCAUUUACCUGGGCUAAUAUUUAUUUCAUUUCGUCUACAGCUAGAAUAAAUUACCACUUUCUCGACAUAUUCCCCCAUUUUACAUGUAUCUAAUGACCACUUAGUCCACUUGGCAUAUAUUCAGUUAAUCACAUCUUCACCUAGGCUAUACUUCAGUUAUAGCAAAUGGGCAGUAGAAGAAAUAAACAGGGCUUUGAACAUUGA